AUGGUGUGGGAGGGCACGUCGCCGCUGCUGCCGACGGCGCACCGCCGUACGCGCAACGCCAGCACCGGCAGCUUCCCGGAGACUCAUGCAGACACGCCAGACUCGCCACGUACGCGGUUCAAGGAGCGGGAGAAGGCUGCGGCCGCUCGUGCACUUCCACGUCAACGGGCACUGCGCCGCGUCCCGGCACUGUUAGGACUGCUGGCUGUAGGUUUCGUACUGGGCUACUAUGCACAGUUACUGCUGUUCUUCUGCCACGUGCGACUGGGCUACACGGCGGAGGUGCUUCCCACAACGGAGGUGACGCUGGUGGAGAAGCUCACGGCGUCACUCAUCGAGCACACACAACGCGUCGUGUUCGUGUGCAAAAAGACCAACUGGGACUUCAUAGGCUUCAUCGCUAGUCCACACACAAUCCUGUUCGCACACGACGAUGUGGCGGUGCCCUCUGCACUCGAGGAGAGUCUGCGAGUGGUGCGUCACUCGGGCGUGGACAGCUACAUGAACCUACACAACAAGACAGUGACCAUCAUGAGCCACGUACACGCCGCAGAUCCGCGCAAUCAUCUAAUGAAACAGGACGACGAGGCUAUCAUCUAUUGGCCACACUACUAUCAAUGUCUCAAGAAAUGCACCGACUUGGACUCGUGCUACGCCGGCGACAUGCACGUGAAUCUCGGCGAUGUGGUCAACACCAACUCGUACGUGUUCGCCACGGGAGGCUCAAACCCAUUUUCGUCGAGCUGGACGGACUCGACUAUGGCGAGGACAAGACAGUGGGCAAGAUGA